AUGCGACGCCAAUACAACGCGCUGCAGUGCUAUCUUACUGCAACGAUUAGCGCGAUCUUCCUUCUUUUCGCACUCGCUUACGACUCAGCCGCCUAUGCUGAUGCCUACAAGGGUCCGGAUACAGAAAACAUUUUGAACAUCCGAGGGGCAGUUAUCAAGGACGGGACAGGACUCACACUUGCGCUGGACUCAUUCAGUGGGCUAGAAUUUCGCGACAGUGUUGACGGAGAUGACGAGUCAAACGGGCUGGAUCUCGUGCCUAGAUAUCCUAAUUCCGCGAAAGCAUUGGGCAACAAUCAGUUUGCGGAGCCGAGCGCGCUCGAAAUCGGCGGUGUCCACUGGUUCUACCUGCCCAAAACAGUGGUGAACGGUAAACACGGCACCGCAGGCAGCGGUCUUCCUGCAUACGUAAAUGCUGCGGGGGAAGAUGACGAUGACCUAAACAAUGAGCUACGGAAACGAGACAGGGAUUUGUCGAAGCGAGCAACGACAACAGUCUACUUGUCGCUCACGACCUGCCAGAAACCAUACACCAACAAAACCAACUCACCAGGCGGAUUCCCGCAGCUGCAACUGUAUGUGUCGAAUUCAGAGAAACUGCAGCAGCCAGGACCGGGAAAAGAUGACUCGCUGCAGGAUAUACACACUGCCAUUGGCGGCUAUGUGGGAAUCACCGUAGACACGGACAGCGACGUCUACAUCGGCGUCGCAGCGCCUAAUUCAACCGAAUACACAGGAAGUUAUACGUACCAGAUCGCAGCAUCCAUCGAUGCCCUUUUCCACAAUAUUGUGGACGAUACACCAAAUCUGUUCUUCAUCGACGCGGACGUGUCGGCCGCGCUGCUGGUGACGAACAACCUGACCCAGUCCGCGAAAAAUUCCACAAACUACAAGCAGUGGAUGGACCUCGUUCCUCCGUAUACCAUGUUUGCUCACAACAUCAAUGAUACAGUACUACAGGGCUUGGAGAAAUCGUUCUGCGCCCUAGAUGCGCUUUCGCAGGUGGGCCGAAUAAGUAGCUCAACCGAGGUUGGCAUGACGAAUCGUGGACUUGGAAAUAAGCCCAAAGAACAAUUUUACAUUACUGGACUGAACCAGAGUUCAUCGUACAGCGGUCUUCUGGCAAUGGUGGGCAAUUCAACUGCGUCCGGGAAUGGCAUCAUCGGCGGCGGUGGCACGGUAUGGCAGCCAAUGAAUUUCACGACUAAAACAGACAACAACUGCGCCGUGCUAUUCAAUCUGAGUUUCUGCUCGGAAGUCGCAUAUGCAGUCCCCUCAAACCCUAAACUAAACGUGGACAAGCUCCGCACAAUCUAUGACGACUACGCCGCGGCCUUCUACCAAAAUUUCACCUAUUCCCUCCAACAAGUUCAAUGCAAAACAAACGAAGAAUCAAUGUUCUCCCUCGCCGUCGACUGCGACGACUGCGCAAAAGCCUACAAACAAUGGCUCUGCGGCGUCACAAUCCCCCGCUGUGCCGACUUCAGUAACAACGCCGGCUACCUGGCCGUCCGUAACGCCGGCCAGUCUUUUAUCAAUGGCUCUUCCCUGCCGAAUGAUAGUCCGUACCGUCAAUCGGUGGCGUCGAAUACAUCCCGUAAUUCUAUCAUCGAUGAGCAGAUCAUGCCGGGUCCCUACAAGGAGAUCCUGCCCUGUCAGGAUAUCUGUCAUACCCUAGUUAAGGAUUGUCCGUCGGCACUUGGCUUCGGGUGUCCUCAAGGUGCCUGGAUGAAUUCCUCCUAUGGCUAUCGGAAUUCAGAUGGUAUUAUCACUUGCUCUUAUCUUGGGGCUGUGUAUUAUUUGAGCCUUGGGAUGAGGCUGGGUCCUUGGGGCUGGGUGUUUAGUUUGGUGGUUAUGGGGGUUCUGUAUCUGCUGUAG